CCCCCUCCUGCGCCUGGAAGUGGUACGUCCCCAUCUGUCUGCCGGAGGGAGGAUCGGGGAGCUGUUCCAUCCUCCGCUUCCUCCUCCCUCCCCUCCAGGGUUCUGCUUGGGACCCUCCCAGCCCGGGACACGUCGCCGCAGCAGCAGCAGGAGGAGAAGCAGCAGAAGCAACAGUCAGGAGGAGGAGGAGGAGGAGGAGGAGGAGGCUGCUUCUGCAUUGCCUUCCCGCCUGGAAGGAGCAGCCCCGAGAUCCGCCUUCACCUUUUUCUUCAGGUGUUUCCCAAGAAGGUUUGGGCAAUGAAAAAUUAAAAUGGACCCAGAGGAACAGGAACUGCAUGGUGAUUAUCGAUACAGAAAUUAUUCUUCAGCAAUUGACAAAGCUUUGAGGAACUUUGAAUCUUCAAGUGAAUGGGCAGAUCUUAUAUCUUCUCUUGGUAAACUUAACAAGGCUCUUCAAAGUAAUUUGAAAUAUUCCCUUUUACCAAGACGCCUGAUUAUCAGCAAAAGAUUGUCUCAGUGUUUACAUCCAGCUUUACCUAGUGGAGUGCAUCUAAAAGCACUAGAAACUUACGAAAUAAUAUUUAAAAUCAUUGGAACCAAAUGGCUUGCAAAGGACUUGUUUCUAUACAGCUCAGGCCUGUUCCCCUUGCUUGCAAAUGCAGCAAUGUCAGUAAGGCCUGUUCUUCUUGGUCUAUAUGAGAAGUAUUUUAUCCCACUUCAGAAGUCCCUGCUGCCAAGUCUCCAAGCCUUCUUAAUUGGGCUUCUGCCUGGACUAGAGGAAGGGUCAGAAAUCUAUGAGAGAACAGAUGCUUUGCUUGUGAAAUUAUCCCUAGUAAUUGGCAAAGAAGUGUUUUAUUCAGCACUAUGGGGGAGUGUACUCGUUAGCCCUUCCAUAAGGUUACCUGCCUCCCUUUUUGUGGUUAGUCAUAUCAACAGAGAAUUAUCUGGAAAGCAGCAAAAUUAUAUGCUGGGCACUGAUGGGAAACUCACGGUCAAAGCUUUCUGUGUGUCGAUGCUGGAUUCAAAUGUUCUUGUACAAAGAAACAUUUUGGAGGUGGUCCUCUUCUUCUUCCCAUUUUAUUCAUCUCUGGAUCCCAAUGAAAGUGCCAUUCCACUAUCUAGAGCUGACCUAGUCCAUCUUCUCUCAGCAGCUGCUCAAACUCUCCUAAGAAGGGAUAUGUCCUUAAACAGAAGGUUAUAUGCAUGGUUACUAGGUUCCGAUAUCAAAGGAGGUACUGUUGUACUGGAUUCAUCUAUUUCCAUGUCUGAAGAAGACCAUGCCCUCUAUUUCUUUGGAAAAUAUUCCAAAGAUCUUUUAGUUGAGGGACUGAUUGAAAUCCUGCACCAGAAAUCUACAGAAUCAGAUUUGGAUGAACAACAUAAUGCCUAUUUGAAACCAUUCCGCAUUCUCGUCAGCUUACUUGACAAACCGGAAAUAGGGCCGCCGGUUGUUGCUGAUUUGUUUCUUGAAGUGAUCAGAGCAUUCUAUGGCUAUUGCAAAGAGACUCUGGGCUCUGAUCUUAAGCUCAGCUACAACCAAGCUGGCAAUGUUCUUAUAAGUGCUAUAAGAGAAAACAAGAAUGCAUCCGAAAUUGUUAAAACAGUUAACCUGUUGAUCACAUCCUUAAGCACAGAUUUUCUUUGGGAUUAUAUGACAAGAUGUUUUGAAGAUUGUUUCAGAAGUACAUCAGUGCAGACACAGCUUCACACUAAGCAUAUAGUCACGCUUGCAACAGUUUCAGAACUCUGCACACUGCUGGUAUUCCUUCUAGAUGUGAUACCAUUGGAACUUUACUCUGAAGUGCAGUCUCUGUAUCUGCCACAGAUGCUCAGCUGUAUUUUGCAAUCACUCCUUGAAAACAUGGAAACUCUAAGUUUACCAGAACUCACUCAUGCCUUAAGGACAUCUUUCAAAGUGCUUAGCAAAGUCCAGAUGCCUCCUGCCUAUCUAGGUACUGAAACAGGAAGCUCAGACACUAGCCCUGCAAAAGAAGAAAACCAGGAACUGACUUUAGAAUCCAAAGUUCUUCAGAAUGAGCCAGACACUCCUUUUCCUCCACUCAAGUCUGAAGACAGUGGCAUUGCUCUUAGUGCUUCGUCGCCCGAACUGUCACUGCACCUGAGAAUGCCUAGAAUAGUCCCUGAGAAAGAUGAUGUCUGGAAGAAAGGUGGCAGCAUGCAGAAGGCCUUGCAUUGUAUCCAAGAGUUGGUUGCAAAGUUUGCCAGUAAAUACAUAUUUGCAAUUGAUUUGCAAUAUUCCAGUAAUGGGAAUAUUCCUGCAAUACCUGUAGGGCACGAGGAGAACAAAGGAAGGCACCGCCAACUCUCUGGAAAUAAUGGCAAGAAAAGACGCUCAUGGGACUCCAAGCAAAUCACUGUGCCUCAGUUUAAGCAGAUGCUGUCAGACUUAUUCACUGCCCGAGGAUCACCAUUUAAGCAGAAAGGUCUGGACCCUCCUUCUCCUUCCGAUGACCAUGAUAGGCAGAGGGUGAAAGAGGAAGAAGAAUGGGACAUCGACCAGGUUAUGCUUGACUUGGGAGACAUAAAAGAGGACUGCAGAGAAGCAUUUGCAGCUGUAUGCUACCUCUUAUUGGAUUGUACUACAUUCCCAGUCUAUCUUUCUGAAGAAGAAACUGAGCAGCUCUAUUUGACUCUUUUUCAAGUGCCUGGAGGUUGUGAAUCCAGUUUCCCCAUGUGGCUCAAAUCCUUGAUGACAAUAUGUUGCUGUGUCAAUGACUGCUACAUUCAAAAUGUGGCCAUCUCUGUCCUGCUAGAAAUAAUCAACCAUUCCCAGUCAUUGGCACUGGUUAUUGAAGACCGAAUGAAACGGUAUAAAAUUCCUGGGCAAAAUCCCUUCUUUGGAAGAUUGCAGAUGGUCACAGUUCCUCCUAUUGCCCCUGGAGUUCUGAAGCUAAUUUCAGAAAAAACUGAGUUCUAUCAGAGAGUUGCCCAGGUGCUUUGGGAUCAGCUAAACAAUGAGAAAAGAGAGCAUCACAACACUUGUGUGGAGCUGUUCUACCGUUUACAUUGUCUAGCUCCCUCAGCUAAUAUUUGCGAAGACAUCAUUUGUCAUGCCUUAUUGGAUCAUGAUAAAGGAACAAGGUUGGAGGCACUCUUCCGGUUUUCUAUCAUGUGGCAUUUGACUAGAGAAAUCCAAGGGAGCAGGGUGACAUCCCACAAUCGAUCUUUUGACAGGUCUCUAUUUGUUGUACUUGAUAGUCUUAAUUGUUCAGAUGGUGCAAUUGGUGCUGCAGCACAGGGCUGGUUGAUUCGAGCCUUGUCACUUAAUGAUGUUGCACGGAUUCUUGAGCCUGUUCUUCUGCUUUUGCUUCAUCCCAAGACACAGCGCACUUCAAUCCACUGCAUCAAACAGAAGAACUCAGCAGAAGACAUGAAUCUCUGGUAUAAGAAGAAAAAAACCUCCUUCUUGGAGUCCUUGGGUGCUUCUGGACUACAUGAAAGCAGUUCUGAGGAAAGUUUGCCAUUGAGCCAGUUUACAACAGUGGACAGGGAAGCUAUAUGGGCUGAAGUUGAAAAAGAUCCAGAGAAAUGUUUGCUUAAUAAUCUUUCUCAGUGUGCAGAAGCUGAACAAGACCUGGACGAGGAGGAUAACAGUGAGCAUACAGAGUCUGCUGACACUAGUACUGGGCCAGUUGACAGUGAUAAUACAUCAUCAUUUUCUCCUUCUUUGGACCAGCAAGAUAUGAGCAGUGAAGAUACCCACAGUGCCUCAACUGAUGGCAAAGAAAUCUUGAAACAUGUUGGUUCAUCUAAUAUUUAUCCUCCUGACAGUUCCAAAUCCAGUACCAUGCUGAACCUGGUGCGCGCAGAUUCUGAAAAAACACAAGCAUCAGAAUCCCUCUCAAGUGAUGAGGAGAUAGAUGUAGAGCUCCAAGCACUUACUACAUCUAGGUUGCUAAAACAGCAGAAGGAGAAGCAGGAGAUAGUUGAGGCUCUAUUCAAGCAUGUUCUCUUGUACCUGCAGCCGUAUGAUUCCAAAAGGGUCCUAUAUGCUUUUUCUGUACUUGAGGCUGUGCUCAAAACAAAUCCUCGAGAGUUUAUUGAAGCUGUGGCCACUACUAGCAUGGACACCAGCUCAACAGCUCAUCUGAAUCUCAUCUACAAUCUUCUAGCUCGCCAUCAGGAAGCUCUUGUGGGGCAGAGUUUCUAUGGAAAGCUUCAGACUCAGUCACCAACCGUGUGUCCCCAUUCAUUGUUAAUAGAAUUGCUGACAUACCUCUGUCUGAGUUUCCUGCGUUCUUAUUAUCCUUCUUACUUAAAGGUGAUGCACAAAGAUAUACUUGGUAAUAGGGAUGUCCAAGUUAAAAGUGUUGAAGUCUUGAUCAGGAUGAUGACACAGCUGGCAGCAAUGGCUAAAUCAACAGAGGGCAAAAACAUAGAAUUUAUUCGCCACUUGCUUGGAAGAUGCAAAAUUCAAGAGUUUGUCCUUCUUUCCUUGUCUGCUUCUAUGUAUGUUAGUCAGAAAUGCUACGAACAUGUAAUGACUAAUAAGACUAAUGGCUGCAAUGAUAUCUGUGUCCUUGAAGAGAGCCUCAUCAAUUUUGGUCGUGAUCAGAUUUGGAGUGAGCACCCUUUACAAAUUGAGCUUCUUAAGCUCCUGCAAGUGUUGAUAGUCUUGGAGCACCACCUGGGGCAGACUCAGGAGGAACUUGAGAACCAGCCAGGUCUAUCGAAGGAAUGGCAGAAAGUUAUGAAUUUUCAGGAGGCAAUUAGUGCCAUGCAGUAUGUGCAUCCACACCCUAUAACCUCUCAAGGAUUAUUUGUGUCUGCUGUUGUUCGAGGCUUACAACCAGAGUAUGGUUAUGGCAUGCAUCCAGCAUGGGUGGCCUUGGUUGCAUACUCUUUGCCCUACUUUGGAAAGUCUUUAGGAUGGACAGUGGCACCAUUUAUUGUACAGAUAUGCAAGAACCUGGAUGAACUUGUCAAACAGUAUGAGCAUGAAACUCAAAAGAUGUCAUCCAAAGUGUCUGUAAGCAUGCAUUGUAAAAGGGAGAACAUUACACCAGAUUAUCCUCUAACUCUUUUGGAAGGUUUAACUACUAUUGGUCAUUUUUGCCUUUUGGAUCAACCAAACCAAAUAAAAAAGUCAUCUCUGAGUGCUGACCCAACAAGCCUAAGAAAUGCCAGGAAUGCCAUUCUGGAAGAGCUUCCCUGCAUCAUUAAUACCAUGGCUCUCCUUUGGAAUGUCAUAAAAAAAGAAGAAUCCCAAAAAAGACCAGCAGACUUUCUUGGAACAAAAGGAUCUUCGUCAGUUUACUUUAAGGCUACUAAAACAUUAAAAAAUAAAAUCCUGGACUUCUUGAACCCACUAACUGGACACCUUGGAGUGCAGCUUGUAGCUGCAGUGGCAGCAGUGUGGAACAGCAAAAAAUCUCAUAAGCAUCACAACAAAACAAAGAUUCCUCCUGUUGCGAGUUCAUCUCAGAUUGUACUCCUUGAUCUGGUUUGUGCACUUAAUACUCUGAAGACUGAUAAUAUAUUGCAGCUAAUUAAAGAAGUUGUCAAGAAGCCACCCCAGAUUAAAGGGGAAGAGAAGGCUACCCUAGUGGAUAUCCCAGUGCUCCAGUUCUGCUAUGCUUUCAUACAAAGACUUCCUAUCUCAGCCUUGCAAGAAAACUUCCAAUCAUUAUUGAUAGUGUUGAAGGAAUCUGUGCAAUUGAAUUUGGCACCACCUGGAUAUUUCCUGCUCCUCAGCACCCUGAAUGAUUUUGUGACUAGAACGCCAAACCAAGAAAAUAAGAAGGAUCAGAAAGACCUGCAGGAAGUAACACAGAAAAUAUUGGAAGCUGUGGGAAAUGUUGCUGGUUCCUCCUUAGAACAAACUAGUUGGCUGAGCAGGAACCUGGAGGUGAAAGCCCAGCCUCAGGUCACUUUAGAGGAAUUCAAUGUUGAAGAUGAUUUGUGUGAUACUUCAGCAAUACCUUCUUCAAUGGUUUCUGCCUCUGCCCCAUCAGUCUACAGCGUUCAAGCCCUCUCUCUCCUUGCAGAGGUUCUUGCUUCUCUCCUGGAUAUGGUUUAUCGAAGUGAUGAAAAAGAGAAAGCAGUGCCUUUAAUCUCACGUUUGCUGUAUUAUGUGUUUCCUUACUUACGCAAUCACAGUGCCUACAACCUUCCAAGCUUCCGUGCUAGCACUCAGUUGCUCAGUUCCCUAAGUGGCUAUGCCUAUACCAAACGGGCAUGGAAGAAAGAUGUUCUGGAGCUGUUUAUGGACCCAGCUUUUUUCCAGAUGGACACUUCCUGCAUUCACUGGCGAGCCAUUAUUGAUCAUCUUCUUACACAUGAGAAAACUAUGUUUAAAGAUUUGAUGAAUAUGCAGAGCAGCUCCUUAAAACUUUUUCCAAGUUUUGAACAAAAAGCAAUGUUAUUAAAGCGUCAGGCUUUUGCCAUUUUCAGUGGAGAAAUUGAUCAAUAUCAUCUUUACCUACCCUUAAUACAAGAGCGAUUGACGGACAACUUGCGUGUUGGACAAACUUCCAUAGUAGCUACACAAAUGUUCCUAUUUUUCAGGGUUCUGUUGCUAAGAAUUUCUCCUCAACAUCUAACUUCAUUAUGGCCAAUCAUGGUGACAGAACUGAUUCAAACAUUUAUACAACUAGAAGAAGAGUUAGCUGAGGAAGAAGAACCAGCAAAAAACAAUAGCAAAAUUAGCAAACAGAAAGUAUCAUCCGAUGGCAGCAGUCUCUUGCUUGGCGACAUACAGCAGAAUGAACUGAACUUGUAUUUAUCAGCUUGUAAAUUCUUGGACACUGCACUUUCUUUCCCACCUGACAAGAUGCAGUUAUUUCAAAUGUAUAGGUGGGCAUUUGUCCCAGAGGUCGAUGCACAGGCAUAUAGCAUGUCCUCAGAUCUAAUGGAAAAUCACCAAGAAUGCAAACCACAUACUGUUAGAAUUAUGGAUUUAUUAAAGUUGAAAUAUGGGGAACAAAAUACCAAUGAGAGAAAAACAAAACACCACAGCUUCCCUCUUUUGGAUCUUCAUUCCAUAUCAAAUAUCACACAGCUAAUGCCAUUCUUCAAGAUACUAAGCUGUGCUUUUAAAACAGAGAGCAAUAAACCACACAGCGUAAAUAACUCAAAGUCUCGCAGAAUGGACUAUCCUUUUGGCAGUGGCACAAGGACCUUGAGAUUAUUAGAAGAGUGUGUGGAACGUGAUUUUAUAGAAAAUAUGGAAAAUUAAACUUUAAAUAGAGUUCCAUUAUAUGAAGUUGUAGUUAUCAUACAAUUGCUUUACUGAAAGGCUGUAAAUGCAAAAAUGAAAUGUUUUAAAGUUUAAAGUUUAUCUCAUUUUGUGAUUGUUUUUCCUUCCGAUGUGUUCUACAGCUGUUCUGUGGAUUAUUGACUUGUUGCUCUCAUAUUUGUGGGAACAAGUUGGAAUAAUUUAUGCAUUUCUUAAAAUAAAGGGUUUUUUUUUUACUUUGAAAGAAAAACAAA